AUGUGAUCGAAGUGUGUACUUUUUCCCUCGGAAAAAAUGCGGUGCUGCUAUUGCAGAAAAAUGAAGGAGAAAAAUAAGGAGUUAACGUUUUAUCACUGUGAGUGCAGAAUAUGGGGAAAACCAAUUGGAUGCUUAAGAAGUGGCAUGUGCUCUGUGCGGAACACUUUUCCAAAAAGUCCAUUGAUUUUCAUCACUCCAGAGCUAGAUUACGGAUAGGGUCUGUUUCAACGAUUUUCCAGCAUUCUAAAGAAAAUUUACCACUAUCACCGGCUCUAGAGAUUAUCGUCCACGUGAAUAAAUUGGAGAACAGUAAGCGGGUGACAUUAUUCUCGUUGGAAGUGCAGAAAAAUUUGCCUUUUACAUUGUGUGGGAAACUAAGUGAUCAAUGUCCGAAAAAAUCGGCGAACAUUGAAUCGAUCUCACACGAUCAUUCAUAUGGCGAGCUUGGAGAUGUCGCCCAACGUAAGCUGAAACAUGCCCGGGCCAAAGUGGAGAAGCUCUUGCGGGACAAAAAGAAACUUCAACAGAAAACCAAUCGUCAUCAGGAGAGGAUCCAAAAAUUCAAAGCCAUCAUCACUACACUGCGUGCAGCUGGCGAUCUUGAAGAUGAUUAUGAGUACAGCCUUGAUGGCUUUAAUGAUAUCACUAGAGAGCUUUUUCAACGCGUGCAUGAUAAUGCAAAAACGUGCAAGUGGUCUAAGGAGAAAUAUUCUCCACAACUGAGGUGUUUUGCUCUGACACUUCAUUUCACCAUUCAGCAAGGGCCUAUAAUUAUGUUCGAGAAACCCUUGAGGCAGCACUACCUCGCCACAGUAUUCUACGUACCUGCUAUAGUACUGUAGAUGCAGAGCCUGGGUUAUCUGAGGAGUGUUUUAGUACUUUGAACUUAAAAAGUCACGAACUCGUAGGGCAGGGUAAACGCCUCAUUUGUACCAUGAUAAAUGACGAAAUGGGAAUUAAAUCAGGUGUGCAGCGCUUGAGAGGCGGUAACAUUCGUGGAUACGUGGAUAUUGUGAUCGAAGCAGCUCGGAAAUUUCAAUUUUCUGUAGCGAAAAACGCGUUUGUUUUUCUCGUCGGGUCACUUGAUGAAUCGU